UUGGAAGACACGACCUCAGGCUUCGACUGCAAGAUGUAAAAUGUGUCCUAAAGGAUUAAAAGGUCUGUGCUGUUUAGUGGAUCACAGAACAGCAACGAUCCAACUCCUGCUUUUUCUCUCCGUCAGUGUUUAUCGAACAUCAGCAGCCUCUCACUCUCUGAGGUACAUCUCCACUGCAAUCACGCCUGGAACUCCUUUCCCUCAGUACACUGUGGUGGGUCUGGUGGAUGGAGAACCCCUCAUGGUCUAUGACAGCAACAUCAGGAAGAUGACUCCAAAGACGGCGCAUAUAGAGAAGAAGAUGGGAGAAGAUUACUGGAGGGAUGACAGUGACACUUUUAGGGGAGAGCAAAAGUGGAGUUUAUCCAACAUGGACACAACAAUGAAAAGACACAACGACACUGCAGGAAUCCACACCUGGCAGUGGGUGUAUGGCUGUGAGCUCCACAAUAACGGCACCACCACAGCAUACAGCAAAUUCGCUUAUGAUGGAGAGGAUUAUAUCCAGCUGGAUUUGGACACUGGCACCUUCACCGCCCCCAAAAAUGCUUUCUUGCUCAACUGGAACAAGCACCGGAUCACUGACUGUAAACACUACCUGGAGAUUGAAUGUAUUGAGGAGUUAAAGAAGUUUGUAGGUUUCGGCGAAUCCGGAGAACUGGAGAGGAAAGUAUCUCCUGAGGUGUCUCUGUUCCAGAAGGACUCUUCUUCUCCAGUGGUGUGUCAUGCUACAGGUUUCUUCCCCAAAGCAGUGAUGAUCUCCUGGCAGAAGAAUGGAGAGGAUCUGCAUGAGGAUGUGCAGCUCAGAGAGACGCUACUCAACCAAGAUGGAACCUUCCAGAAGAGGAGCGUUCUGACCGUCUCACCUGAGGAACUGGACACACACGACUACACCUGCAUCAUUCAGCACAGCAGCCUGGAGAAGGAGAUGAUACUAACAGUGUCCGAUCACAGAGUCCUGCCAAGUGGAGAGUUGGGUGGUGUCCUUGUUGGUGCAAUCAUUGCUAUUCUGCUCUUCAUCCUCAUCUGUGUUGGAGUUUUUAUCUGGAAGAAGAAGAAGCAGGAAACUAAAACAAUGGAAACUGAAAUGCAGGAAACUGAAAUGCAGAGUCUGACGGAGACUCAUCAUCCAACAACUCCACAGUCUUCAGGCUGAUUUGACAGAUUAUAUUGAUUGUGCGAGUCUGCACGCUGAGAACACUCAAAGGAAGCCUUCAUGUAACAGCACUGAAAAGACGGCUCCCACCAGACUUCUCUAUUGUUUAGAUCACAGUUUCCACACAUGGAACUCUUGCAUCUCAUCACUAUUAACUAUCAGAUCACAGCUCAUCAGGAACUGGAUAUUUACUCAGCUGCAGUAACUACUGCCAACACACUCAACAUGGUGGAGACCAAAACUACAUUAGAUAAAAUAAAGCUUCAGGUUGAUUGUAUUCAGCUCUGUACUCAAUACAGAAUUUAUUGU